GUAAACACAACCUCACUUUUCCCAAAAGUUCCAAUUUUUCUCCGUUUUUCUUGGUUUUUCCGACUUACAAUUUUUCUAAUUUUCAAGCCAGUCAUCGGUGGUCAUCAACUUUAAAAUGCUUGAUAUUCGGAUCUCCUUCUCAAUAAUAAUUCCCAACCAGUGUGCUAUCUUUCCCAAAUUUUUUGUGCGUGCGGAACCUCAUUAGAAAGUUCCAAAUUUGCUCCAAGUGUAUCAGCUAUGUUCAUCUGGUAAAUGCUUUCCCAUAGCUUGCGAAAUGUUGCCCGGAAUUGGAAUCUUUGGAACGGGAAACAUUGUCAAAGUUGUUGUUCCUUUCCUCCGAGAGAAAGGGUUCAAAAUCGAAGCAUUGUGGGGACGGACGGUCGAGUCUGCAAAAGAAGUCGCCAAGGAGUUAAAUAUUCCAUUUUACACCAACAAAAUUGAUGAUGUUCUUCUCCGCAAGGACGUUGAUUUAAUUUUUAUAGUUUGCUCACCAAAUCUUCAUUCACAAAUUUCUGUGAAAGCACUAGGAAUUGGCAAGCAUGUUCUCUGUGAUAAGCCAGGAGGCCUGUGUCAAAAUGAUGUUCUGAAAAUGGUCAAAGCCUCGCAGUAUUAUCCUUCUCUGAUAUCAAUAGUGAACCAUAGUCUCAGAUUUUUGCCGGCCUUUUCUCAGAUGAAAAAGUAUAUUUUAGAUGGCUAUAUUGGAAAUUCAAACGAGAUAACAGUAUGUGACAUCCGUGUUCAAAUGGGUAGUCUUCUUCAUGACAAGUAUGACUGGCUUUGUGACGAUAAAAUGGGAGGUGGAAUACUAACACUAGUAGGCAGUCAUGUUAUUGAUCUAGUUUCCCAUUUAAUAUCCCAAAGAGCUGCUAGAGUUCACAGUGUGGUACGAACAUUUACUAAAGUGACCAAUCAAAUAAACGGACACAGACACAUAACCAGUCCUGACUUUUGUGUUUUCCAAAUGGAGAUGGACAAUGGUGCACUCGUAACUGUGACGCUUAACAACCAUCUUCCAGGAAUGUUCAAUCAGGAGGUUCUAGUUUGUGGAAAAUUGGGGCACUUAGCUGUUCGAGGCGGUGACUUGUACGCGUACAAAAAUACUGCUCAAAAGGAGGAGGUUAUUUACCUUGACGUAGAGGAUAUGAAGCACAAAUACGAACAGUUAAACCCGGUUGCUACAAAUGUCAUUCCAAAACCAUAUAUGAAAGGCUUAUUCAAAAUGAUAGGUGCUCUGAAGGAAGCUUUUUUGCCUGUUGAAGACAAAAGAGGAUGGAUUAAAGAACCUGUUGAGCUCGCUGCAUCUUUUGAAGAUGAACUUUAUGUCCAAGCUGUGAUAGAUGCCCUCCGAAAGUCUAGCAUGAAUCGAGAAUGGGUCAAAGUAUCGAUAUUAAAAGAGGAAUCUGAUCCCAAUUCCAUGUUGAGUGCGGCUGUGAGAUGUAGUGGUAUCUCUCUGUGAUACAGCUAAUUCCAAAGGUUGUUAUUAAGCCUUGUUAGAAAUCUAGCACUAACUAAAGCUGCUUGAAAAUCUCCGUCGAACCAUCAGGUGUAUGAAAAAUGUAGUACCUAAGGCUCAGUUGACAGUUGUUGUUUUAUAAGAGUCAGAUAGUCGUUCCUUCUUUUCUGUGAGACUGGUCCAAGAGAAAGGCGUUUACAGCUGUCUUUUACAGAAAAUUUCAUUUCAUAGAAAGAGUCUUAAGGUCCCGAAAAAAUGGGAUCAAUUUUAAUAUGGAUGGUCAAAGUGGGAAACCGUGUAUCUCAGUUUGCGACGUUGCAAACUUCCCAUAAUACUUUAUUUUUUCCUUAAAAACUAAUUAGUCAAUGUAAUUUCUUGGAAAUCUCUUCGAUUUCUCUUUUCUCUUUUCUCUCUGCAAAAUAUUCUUUAUAAAUUUCUAGCUCUGAAGUUGGUUUGUUAAUCCUCAAGAAAAUAAAAUAGCAGACAUUUUGAGACACCGCAAUGGAGACACAUGGUUUUACACUUUGGCCAUCGAUACAUUUUAUUUAAUUUGCCCAACAAAUAGCAGUAUUAGCCAAGCGCCAUGUGUCCAUUAGCUGGUAAUAGUGUAGCUUUUAAUAUUUUCAGCCACUUUUUCCUCAUAAUCAAUUAAUAUGUCACCUCCUCAAAGGUCUAUAAUGUCAAUGUUUGGGCUCUUGAUGGUACGAUCUCUGAAUGUUCUUUGAUUUGUAAUGAACAAAAUUUUCCGCAGUAAGCAAUGGUGUCCAUAUCACAAGUUUGAUUCCUUAAAAGACAAGUUUCACCUACUCCUGCAUUCUGUUACGUACUUUACAACCUCCUACAGUGUAUUAGUGUAUGAAAACUGCAUCUGUUGCAAAAAAUCCAAAAAAGGUAUUGAAGUCAAAAUAUGCCUUAUCUCCAUUGUGACAUUCCAAGAUCUUUCAUCUUGUUAAAUUUUUUAAAGAAAUAAGCUUACCGAUUUUUGGAAUUCUCUGUGGAUAAUAUUGAAUGAGUGAGAAAAAUUAAAGGUUAUUUCCUAAAAAAGCUAUCAGUCAGUUUUCGUUUUACUUUGUUAGUUUGAUUUUUACGACCAGCACCCUGAUCUCUGAUGCUGUUCCAAAACUUAGAAAGCGGUCAACCGCUGAUGACUUACUGCCUGGAUUGAAUUUCCAAGAUAAAAACAGUGGUCAUUCAUGCAGUUGCCCUCCUCUCAUUUUAUCCUCCCAAUUGGGAAAUUAAAAGUAAAUGUUGUAUAGUAAGGUAGCAAGUAUUCCUACUUUUGCAGUUAUAAAUUAUCAGCAAUUCAAGUCAAAAUAUAUACUUAAAAUUGGGGGGAAAAAUACAGCACAUAACUUUUUGACUCCACUAACUACCUUGAACUACUAUUUAUUUUCUGUUUGAUAUGACAUAUAGAAGUUCAGCAAUCUUAAAAGAAGGACUACCACUUCAAAUAUACUGUGGUUGAAAUUGAAUAUUCCAUAAUUUGAUUUUUCUUUCUGUUGUCAAUUUCCCUGAUUUAUUUGUCUUUUGCCAGGCGAUUUGUUUAUUAAUAUCUUCUGAUACUCUGAAACUUAAAUUUCUGUGAGAAAUAUUCACAAGUAUGCUUAAGCAGCUAUUGAUUGUGCACAUAGGUACAGGUAAUUUUUUUUCUAUAACGUUCAUUAUGAGGUGUGCCAUUUAUCCUCAAAUUAAUCCUGACUGGUUAAGAAGUAGAGCUACUUAAGUUUUAAUUUGAUUGUUAAAAGCUGCUUAAAUUGGAUGAAUUAUUUAUACAGUGAUCAUUGAUGAUUUUGUCAUCUUCAGCAAAUGUUUAGAUGUACCAAAAAGUUGGACAUACGUAGUUGAAACACAGGUUAUGCUUUCAAUUUUAAGCAGAAUACAGAUUCAGUAGUUCAAGCCUCUAAAUGUAAAAAAUUAUUUUCUGAAAGCUUGAACUAAAUACUAUGUAUUAUAAUGCAAAAUUCACAGUUUGAUUUGACUAAUUAAGGUUUGAAUUUUGCUUUUGAUUUUAGGUACUCUUACAGAGUUUUCAAGAAAAUCAAUCCAAGAUUCCAUUAGCUAAAAUAUACUUUAACAUGCAGCGCAUCCGUUUUCUGUGAAAAUCUUGAGCAAAACUAGUAUUUUAUUAAAAUAUACCUGUCAUACCUACUGUUGAUCAUUAGUGUAUGUUGAAGGUUUGCCUUAAGUGUCUAUUUUUCAACUCGAGUUUUAUUCUCGUAGAAUGGUUGUUUUUGUUGUUUUUUCUUUUAAUUAAUUCAUCAAUGUUGCUGGACUGAAAGAGUUUUUAGAAAAAUUCAAAGCACAAUUUUUUACUCAUGUUUAUUGCUUUUUUUUAAUAGGUGUAGGAUAUCUGAGACACUCAUUCUCUUCCGGUUUUUCUAUUUAAUUUAAUUUUUAAUUCAAACUCCAUGCAAUAUUUAGAUUUUUAUUGAUUCUUAUUUUACUUAUGUAUUUUGACAUUUUCUUUUUGAGCCUUUACCAAGUGAUAACGAUUGUGUCAAAAGCGUUAAACAAGUCACCAAGAGAACGUAAUCUGUUGGCAUAGCCAUAUUUCUAAAUUCUUGAUUAUUAUUCCAAGAAAUUGGUAUUGAUUCCUAUGAAAAAUUGAAGAGCUAGAAUGAGUGUUCCGAGCAUCCUCCAAUGUUUUUUAUACUGUUUUAUUUGUAAUAGUAUGAAUAUUUAUUUGUCAUUGGUUGUACUGAAAGUAUUAAAUUUUUAAUUUUACAAUGGAAUAGAAUAAACAUAUUAAUUUUUUU